UCUUGUGAAUUUAAACUACCGAUCGAUGUUGUGUUUUUGUUUGAAGGAUUCAAGCUGGGAUAUAUAAAGAGGACCCGAAGGCAAAAGGACGUCAGUGUUUUUAAAUCGACAGAACUGCAAGCGUAAAUCAAACAAAGAACAAUUCAACAUGAAAACAGUGGUUGCAUUGACGAUUCUAUUAGUGGCCGUUGUUGCCGUCAUAGUUUCCGAAGAAGAUUCAGAACAUUUUGCAGUGAAAUUAAUGGCAAACUCAUCAGAUCUUGCCACCGAAGAACAACGUUUUAGAUACUACAAAGUGUACUCCUACAAGCUGAUGGCACCGAAAAAAAAGGCAGCGAAGAAACCGAGUGGUUAUUCUGGCUAUCAGAGCGGAUACGGAGCUUUCCGCGGUCGUCGUUCCGUCAACAACAAGAAAAGCGUGUUUUCAUCCGACUAAAGGCGUUUUAAAGUGUUACUCCCCCACUACACCACAACAAAUAGGAAUGACGAGCAAAAACUUGUGUUCCGCCUAUGUAUAGUAUCUUGUGUCAUUUUUAAUCGAAUGCUUCCCAAUUCAUUUCAUUUUCAUUUGAAUACAUUGUCUUACCAAACACA